AAGAAUGCAGUGUGUCAGGCAAAAGAGUUGCGAGCAGACAGAGGGCUCUUUCUUAUGCUGUACGGCCCAAGAAAGACUGAGAAACAGUGACUCGACUCCUCCUCUCUCACACACAGGCUCCAGGUACAGCAGUGGAUAUAUGCCGUACGUGCCGUCCAUUCAGAGCAGCAGACUGUGUUGCUGAAAUGAGGGUUAUGUGAUGCCCGCAGAGACGUCUGGACUGACCCCUCAUCAGAGCCGAAAUGCCCUCAUUCCAUCACAUCUGUGAGACUCAAGGCAGAAGAGACUAAAAUAGAGUUGGAGUCUCCAGAGGGACCGAUGCUGAGAGGAAUCCACCCAGUAUAAACACGACCCACGAUCUCCGCAAUCCUCACAGCCACAAGAUAUGAAUCGUGAAAAGUCAAAGAGAAACAUCUCAUAAGCAAAGCUUUGUUGUUAGACCCCAAAGGCAAGGCGUUUUAUGAGACGAACAGUGUAGUUUGGGUUUAAAGCAAUAACUGUGAGCAUCAAGGAUUUUGAAAAUUGUCCAUCCGUCAUUUAUUACAAUUGGCUUGUGUGGUUUUUCCUCAGGAUGGGACUUGCUAUGACAUAAGAACAUUUAGCAGGUCUGAACUGAGCUUAAACAGUGUUGGAACUGGAUCAAAUGAACAAUUUCUUGAUCUGCAGAUAGAAAUCCCAUGCUGAUUACUGGUUUAAUCGGAUCUACUUUGGCUUUACAUCUCGGAUCACAUUGGAUUUGAUCUCUAUAGGAAGUCCCAAAGGAUUUGAAGAACUCUCGUUGAACCAUGACGGAGGAAAUCCUGAAAUUUUUCAAUGAUAUAUGGAACCUCGCUUCACUCAAGCACGACCAGAGCGUCUACAAUACGGUGUGCCUGGUAGUGCUUCUGACUCUACCGCUGGUUGUCCUCUUCACAUCUCUUCUGGUGUGCUGUCAUUGUUGCUGCUGUCGUAAUGCUGACGGAUGCCGGUGUUGUUGCCGUAAAGGUGAGACCUCGGUCACAAAUACAAAAACUGAAAAAAAGAAAAAGAAAAACGGCGGGCAGAAUAAUGAAGACUUGUGGAUCUCCGUCAAAACAGAUCCUUUGAGUAGUGAAAGACUUGCACUGACGACGGUGUAAAAGGGCACGAUGAACAAACAAUUUUAUAUUUAUUUAUCUUCAUGGUACAUAUAAAGGUACAAAAGAGUUGCAGCAGUGUUUACUAAGAUGUGCCUGAAUGUAAAAAUUUUAAAAGAGAAUUUCGAAAGAUUUUUAUGUAUAGAAGUUUAGGAGUGAAUGAAUGUGCAAGAAAGAUGCUGUAUGGUGUGUGUGUGUGUGUGUGUGUGUGGUCCUGAAAGGCUUCACAAUAACCCAUUUUAGGUAAAAAAUAAAUGCUUAUCUUUAAACUAUUUUAAAUGCCAAAAAGGCCGCAUUUACACUGAAGAUCUUGAUGCCCAGUUUCCAGUUUGUUGACAAUGUCCAAGUUUUUUUUGAUGGCCCAUAUCUUAUAUCUGCAUUUACACUAUACCCUUGGCGCACCAAACUGACCUGGAAAAACUUAGGCUGAAAAGGAAGUAAAAAUGGCGGGUUUGAAAAACGAAACUAGAUGAAAUGAUAACACAAGCUUUUGCCCAAAGCCUCAAAACACAUACAACUUCAGCAUGACUCCAAUGGACAGAGUUUUCAUCCACCAUUUCGACAUUAAAAAGAGUCAUGCGAUCACAACUGGUGUCCACCUGAGCUGAUGUCAAUCGCCACCAUUGCUUUUGAAAGGAAUAUCUGAUCUGCUCACUUACAUGGCAGACACAAAUGAACAUAUGGAUUCAUAUCAGACUUAUUUCCACAUAUGAAUGAAGUUUGAAACUGAUCUGAGAAUAUCAGAAUUCAAGUGCUUCUUGCCUGCUUACACGUUCGUGGGUCAUAUCCGAUCUGUGCUACAUGGGAGAAAAUAAUCGGAAUUGGGUCACUUGAACUGUGUAGUGUAAAUGCGGCCUAGCAAACACUUUCCAGUGUUACUAAUACUCCGCUUAUCUUCAUGUGUGGGGUCCAGACAGUAUUAAGGGUGGCGAUUUUCCAACUGUAUUUGGAAUUUACAAGGUGGCUAAUUCGUACGACCUCACUUUUUGGAUGGUUAAGUUCCUUUGUACAAAUUCCUAUGAAUUUGCCACCUCAUAAAAACAAUUUUUCACAAAUCAUACAAGUGAGGUUGUACGAAUUAGCCAUCUCAUCAAAUAUGUACAAAUCGCCAUGAGAUCGGAUUGGAAUUUUUACGUCAGAGUGGUGGGGAUUUGACUCUGCAGGUUACACUGUUACGCCAGUCGGUAGCAACAACUGUCUUUUUGAGUGAAUCUUUGAUUUAUUCAUUCAACUGUUGCCAUCUAUAUAAAUGAGUAGGGCUGGACGAUUAAUUGAAAAGUAAUCAAAACCGAAAUUCAAAACUUCUAACCGAUGGAAUUUUCAUAUGCCGGUUAUUUUGUUUUUUUUAAUCCUGUUAAUACUUCCCAUUAAAUCAUACUACCGUGUGUGUAGUCGGCGCUAUACUGACGUGCAUGACUGUUGCGCUAACAUUUUUGCAGUGUCUCACACAUGAGUGGUGCGGUUAAAACGCUGUGUCAAGUUGACACGUGCAGUGCUGCUCAUUAAUGUCAGUUUCCAAAACAGUGGACCAAUCAGAAGACCACGGAGGCAGAGCAAGCGUUGCAUGCUUUUGUUUACAAUAGCAAGUUGACAUGACAACUUUGUAUUUGACGGCAACAUGGCAGAGUAGACAUUCUGUGCUGAGCUUAUGUGUUGCGUCAAAGUCCCUUUAAGGCAAGUCAUUUCACUUGGUCGCCAUCUUUGAAAUGCCUCUCAGUCAUGCAAGUGCAGUUUGAAUGGGGAAACAUAAGUUCUCCAAAACGGUUCACCAACCUUACAAUUCAAUUUCAUAUUUUUAAAAUCACCAAUGAAAUCUGACAACAACUGCCUCAUAAAUGUUGUUUCUUAUUCUCCAGUAUCGCUAAAAAAGGCUUAUGUUUCAAUGCUAGAGCAGCCAAUGUGCAAGCGCAGUCAUGAGCAUGGGUUUGCGAGCGCUGCCACAACCGGAGCUUUUAACGGCAGCUGCAGUGACGCAAUGACUUUACUAAUCAACGAUAGGCUCUUUCAUGUAUAAGGCGGGGCUUAGUCGCCAUAUUAGGUGUUGCACUUUCUCCCAUUCUUAAGAAUAAGAAGAGCACAGUCUUUUUAUAUAUAAAGUCUUUGGCUGCAUCUCAUGUUUUGAGAUGCAAAGACGUGUUUUGUGUGAAUGGCCAGUAAGAAGAGUAAAUACUUGCGCGUAUAUAAGUGACAAGACAAGAUCUAUAAGUGACAAGACCACAUCUAUAACUUUGAGGGCAUAAUAAUAAUAAACUAAAAAUAAUCGUUCGUUAAUCGUAAUCGCAGUAAAACAUUAAAUUAAUCGAGAUUUUGAUUUUAGGUCAUGUCGUCCAGCCCUAUGAGUGAGUCAUUGAAUCAUUUAUGUAACCAGUUAAUUCGAAAUACAUUCUGGAAUGGAGUAUACCACUGCUAAGAGACAUACCAGUUGAUCUAAAGUACCUGGUCCCAUGACGAAAAUGUACCUCUGGGAAAUAAAGUAAUAUCUCUGCAGUUUCCAACAGAACACUAGAGGCGGUAAAACAGCGAGUACUUGUAAUCGUUUUUGUACACCGUUAUGAUUACAGCACCAUGUUUUGCUUCCCGUAUGUAACAAGCUUGCUCGGUAGCUCAGCCAGCACGGAAUUGGACUUAGGAUGCGGAAGCCGUGGUGAAAGUACUUAAAGAUGAGAGAUAAAAAAAACAAGAUAAAAUAGCAUGCUUGCGAUUGUGUUUGCGAUUAUGUCACAUGCGCUUUUGUUCAUACUAUCGGGUAGGUUUAGGAUUAGUGCAGAUGGUACAUUAUUUUAAAACGUCACGGAUCGUUAGUUAUAGCACCACUCAAUGGAUAUUCCAAGCCAGAACUACGGCAACACGUACAAAACCAGCGUCACAAAACAUACCAUAUGUACGUUAAUCGGUUCCGGAGGGAAACGAACACUCUUUUAGCGCCACCCAAGUAGACAUUUCACCCUGAAUAGGUGAAAUCUUGCGAAAAAGUUCCUAGAGGUACGUGUUCGUCAUGAGACCAGGUUGCAGUUGAUUCUGUUUUAGAAUUUUUUAGUUGGCGAAGCAAAAAAAAACAACAAAGGAAACCGGCAAUAUUGUGUCUAAAAUGUAAGUUACUCAAUAUGAAUUUCUCAUCUAUUGAACUGCUGUAUAACAUAAAUAUCACACUCGCAGCCAUGUUGUUGGUCCUGGAUCAAUGCCACUGUGAUUUCCUGCAGUAUUCAGAACAGCGGCACUUGUGUGAUAUCGCUUUUUUAACAUUUCUAAUAGGAUCAAAUGUCAGUAACGUCAGAUUUCAAAUGCUUCUAAAAGCUGCACUUAAACCAAAUCUUGGAUAAAAUCAUUUUCCAAAGAUGGUGUAAUAUACAAAUGUCAAAAACUUCUAGUGACGCACUUAGUGGGUCGCAACCACUUGUCCUUCAGUCGCAGGAUGCGACGCAUUUAAAAUGAGUUGCUUUAAAUGGCUUCAGAAAUUGAUAGGUUCCUCGCAAAACAAUUUCUCUAGAAAUAUAACCUGCCUUUCUUUCUGUGAUGACUCGACUGAGAAAACCAUUAUUUACAGACAAAUGAGGGGGAAGGCUGUUACUUUGGAUCUGUGACGCAUGUUUACUAGAGCAAGUUAACAACACCUCUAUGACACUGCUCCAAUAAUCUCCUUCUAAACACUUUCAUUCACAAUGCAGUGAAAGAAAAUGAUUAUCAUGAGCUCAGAAAUGAGCUCAAAACACAGGCUGAAAGAUACACCAUUAUCAUCACAGUCGUGUGUAAUUGAGCUUGCUGAUAAACAAACUUUGAUCUUCGUGCACUUUUCAGAUGCUGGCAUGUUUGCAGUGCCAUAAUUAGAUGUUUAUGAGGUACUUCAGCACAUUCUGAUUAUGCAUUUCAGAAAGUCAUGCAUUAACAUUAACAUUAUUAAAAUCAUGCGUCACACUUUUUUUUUUUUCA